GUUACCCCAUACGGGAACACCCAUUGUGGACAAAGAAAUUUCAAAUGACAUCACCUUCCUUUACCUGCAUUUUAUAGCUAUGGAAAUCAAAAAGCAUAUUUAGUUUAAAAGAAGUGGAGCAGCCUAAGGAGUUUGUGUUUCACUAUCACUGUUACACCGUCAUCUUUACCAGCUUCUGCCUUAGGAAGAUUGCUUCUUGAGUCUCACCAAGCUUGUUUCAGCCUUAGCCAUCUGCCUGGGAGCCGAAGUACAGUGGAAACAGCUGUGAAGGAUUUUUGGAAAACCUAUCACCAUCAUCAGCCCAUCAAGCCCAACCAGACGUCCUGCUAUCUCCAGACAUUUUAACCACUACAGGCUCAAUGAGAACAUCUGCUGAAUGCCUGGUGAAACACCAGCUUCAGUCAGACUGAGUGUUGCUGUGGAAUUUAAAGAGAUCUUGGGUUGACGGCUUCUGCUACCAGUGAUACCAGACCAUAAAUUAUUUUGAUGCAUAAUUUUUAUACACCUGUGCCCUUAAAAGUCCUUUUCCAAUUUGAGAUUAAAAAAUGGAUACAGUAUCUCUAAAUACAUCCCUGCAGUCUGGAGGUCACAGCGUCGGCACGGAAUCUCCAAGUCUGUCUAUGAAAUCAUGGGGCUUCACAAACGACAGUGAUUCUUGUCUAAGCCAACACUGGAACUUCUUCUUGGCUGCUAACUUCAUCGGUGUAGUGGAGAAAUGCAUGAACCUGAUGCAGGCAGGGACUCAGAUGGUGAAACUGAGAGGUGGCUCCAAAGGCCUGGUACGCUACUUUUAUGUGGACGAGCACAAGUCCUGCAUCCGCUGGAGGCCCUCCAGGAAGAACGAGAGGGCAAAAAUCUCCAUCGACCUGAUUCGAGAGGUGUGCGAGGGGAAGCAGUCAGAGAUCUUCCAGCGUUAUGCAGAUGGCAGCUUCGACCCCAACUGCUGCUUUAGCAUCUACUAUGGUGAACAUAUGGAGUCGCUGGACUUGGUAUCAGGUACGGGAGAGGAGGCACGCACAUGGAUUACUGGUCUUAAGUACCUUAUGGCGGGCAUCAGCGAUGAGGACAGUUUGGCCAAACGACAACGCACCCGUGACCAGUGGCUGAAGCAGACUUUUACAGAAGCUGACAAGAACGGAGAUGGCAGCCUGAGCAUCAGCGAGGUUCUACAGCUCCUGCAUAAGCUCAACGUCAACUUACCCAAGCAGAAAGUAAAGCAGAUGUUUAAGGAAGCAGACACUGAUGAUAACCAGGGCACUUUGGGUUUUGACGAGUUCUGCUCCUUCUACAAGAUGAUGUCAACUCGGAGAGACCUGUACCUGCUGAUGCUCACUUACAGCAACCAUAAAGACCACCUGGACACAGACGAUCUGGCACGCUUCCUUGAAAUUGAGCAAAAGAUGACAAGAGUCACGAAAGAGCAUUGCCUAGAAAUCGUUGCCAAGUUUGAACCGUGUCCUGAAAACCAGAAGCAGGAGGUUUUGGGUAUCGAUGGUUUUACAAAUUAUAUGCGAAGUCCUGCUGGAGACAUCUUUAAACCUGAACACCAUGAAGUCAUCCAGGAUAUGGCUCAGCCUCUGUGCAAUUACUUUAUUGCUUCCUCACAUAACACCUACCUGAUGGGGGACCAGCUGAUGUCUCAGUCCAGGGUGGACAUGUAUGCAUGGGUCCUGCAAGCAGGCUGCAGAUGUGUAGAAGUGGACUGUUGGGAUGGACAAGAUGGAGAGCCAAUUGUACACCAUGGAUAUACUCUAACAUCCAAAAUCCUUUUCAAGGACGUCAUUGAAACAAUAAACAAAUAUGCAUUUGUUAAGAAUCCAUAUCCAGUGAUCUUGUCAAUAGAAAAUCACUGCAGUGUUCUCCAGCAGAAGAAGAUGGCUCAGUAUCUGGUGGAAAUCUUAGGAGAGAAGUUGGACCUGUCAUCAGUCAAAGCAGAUGAGUCAGGACUUCUGCCUUCACCCGAAUCCCUCAAAGGCAAAAUUCUUGUGAAGGGUAAGAAACUGCCCCCAAACAUUGAUGAGAAUGCAGAGGAGGGUGACGUGUCUGAUGAGGACAGUGCUGAUGAGAUGGAAGAUGACUACAAGCUAAUGAAUGGAGAUACUUCUAUGAAUAGAAAACAAGUGGAGAACGUUGCCAAGAAAAAGCUGGACAGCCUGAUGAAGGAGUCGAAGAUCCGUGAUCGCGAGGACCCGGACAGUUUCACGAUAGCAGCGCUGCCUCCAUCAGCACAGCGAGAUGAAAAGACAGCCAUGAAGGGGAAGGGAGACGAGACGACUGACACGGGAGACGAGUCAAGUCCCAGCACCAAUAAACGUCUAGCUAGGUCUUUCAUGGGCAGCUUCUCCAGACGUAAGAAGAAGACAAGUAAAAUUAAAAAGACGUCCAGUUUUGAAGACACUGACACGGACCAGGAGAGCUCCAGCAGUGCAUCGAAAGCCCCAUUGCAUCACAGCAGAAAGAAGAAGACAAUGAAGUUGUCUAGGGCUCUGUCUGAUUUGGUGAAAUACACAAAGUCUGUGGCCAUGCAGGAUCUUGAGACACAAGGGGGCAGCAGCUGGCUGGUAUCAUCUCUAAGUGAGACCAAGGCACACCAGCUGAUGCAGCAAAAGCCAGCCCACUUUGUACGCUUUAAUCAGCGGCAACUGACGCGGAUAUAUCCCUCGUCCUACCGUGUGGACUCGAGCAACUUCAACCCACAGCCCUUCUGGAAUGCCGGAUGUCACUUGGUUGCACUAAACUACCAGUCCGAGGGCCGAGUCCUUCAGUUGAACAGGGCCAAGUUCAACACGAAUGGCAACUGUGGCUACGUUCUCAAACCUGAGUACAUGUGUGAAGGUCCUUUUAAUCCACUGUUGGAGGACCCAUUGCCAGGACAGAUGAGAAAACAGCUGGUUGUAAAAAUUAUUAGCGGCCAGCAACUUCCCAAACCCAAAGACUCCAUGCUGGGAGACCGAGGAGAGAUCAUUGAUCCUUUUGUGGAAGUGGAGAUCAUUGGCUUGCCAAUCGAUUGCUGUAAGGAGCAAACCAGAGUAGUUGAUGACAAUGGGUUCAACCCCAUGUGGGAGGAGACCCUGGUUUUCACUGUGCAAAUGGCAGAAAUUGCACUGGUGCGCUUUCUGGUUUGGGAUCAUGAUCCAAUUGGCCAGGACUUCAUUGGCCAGAGGACCAUUGCAUUUAAUAGCAUGAUGCCAGGUUACCGCCAUGUGUAUUUAGAAGGGAUGGAAGAAGCAUCCAUUUUUGUUCAUGUGGCUGUGAAUGACAUCACUGGUAAGGCACGGCCAGCCAGCGGCAUAAAAGGGUUGUUUCACAGAAAUCCAAAGCAGGCUUCUCUGGACAGCCAUGCUGCUGUGCUGCACAGCCGUAAGCCCGCUUUUGGAGCCCACCUGCUUCGCCGCACGGCCAGCGCACCCACCAAGGGCCAGCCCAAGGUUAAACGUGGCUUCCCAGAAAUCUCUAUUGACACCAAAGACUGUAGUUCGGAGGGAGCCAGCUCUGAGCGUGAGUCUGAGGAGGGCCCAGCUGCCCAUCCCAACGGGGACACAGCAGCAUCAGCGCGACCGUGGGAGCACGGCACCAACGGGCAGCUUGACCCGGAUGAUGGUACAGAUCAUUCCACAGUGCAGAGACACAUUCCAUAUCUGCAUGUUCUGGAAUCCAUUGCAGAAGAAUAUCAGCAAAAAUCUUCUUUAACAUCCAUGUGCAGUCCAACCCAUACCUCAGAACAUUCCGCCAGAAAUGUACUUAGUUUGUCUCCGCCAUCCACAGCAAUAACAACUUCAAGGGAAGACAACUAUAGCCCUGUAAAAACAUUUGAGGACAAACUACCUAUUCCUACUCCGUGUCCCAUCCCAAAUCACAGUAGUGGGGAGGACAGUCUCAAUACUUCCCUGUCCAUGAAUUACCUUGACAUUGGGAGCAAUAAACCCCUUGCACCAGUGCAGGCAGUAGAUGAAGAGAUGAGUUUUGAUAGAAACAUUUUACUGGAUGCAACUGUUAAAAUUGGACAAACUUUAGAGACAAAGACGGUCACAGUUGAGAACUCUGAGAAGGUUCAGGCUAAAAAGACUUUUAUUGACAGGGGCAUCGAGCAAGGUGUGUACCCUGUGCAUAGGACUCCAGUUCGAAGGACCAAAAGUGAGGGCCAGGUACGUGCAGUGUGCCCUGUUGAUGAGCAGUCAGCAGUUCCUCGGAUCUCCAUCGAUGCAACCUUCAACGACCGCCUCUGGUCCAAGCUUGACCCAAGCACCCACCGCGACAGCGUGUCAUCCUCCUCCAGCAUUUCCUCAAAUGACACUGUGAUUGACCUCUCCCUGCCCAACCUUGUCAGGAACAGUCUGACCUGCCUCCAAGCUGCUCGAGACUGUCAUGAUAGUCAGGAUUCAAUGGCGAACUGGAGCUGCCAAUCUAGGUCAUCAACUACUCCCAGCAUGCUUUGUGUCAGCAAGAGCAAAUCCAAUCCAAACUUGCGGGAUGGUCAAAUGUGUGAGCCAGUGGAUGAGCUCCUUCCAAGGCAGCUAGGGAGUGAGCAUGACAGCAAACGGCUUAUUCAGCGGCGUCACACCUGGAGCAGGCUGUACAUAGAAGGUUUAAAGCAGUCAUCAUCUGCUUCUAAAAAAAGAGCCCCAACUCCAGCACCAAAAGACAUCAGUGGUGGCUCCAAGUCUAAGAGUCUGGGAGACCUCACAUCAGAGGACAUUGUAUGCAACUUUGAUAGCAAGUAUCGCAGCAUCAGCCGUAGUUUUGUGGUCAGGCCUAGCCGCCAGAGGUCCCCAAAGAAGCCCCAGGAUGACCUGAUGGAGCGGCUAAAGAAACUCACUGAUGUAGAACCACUGACGAACAGUGAUUUUACAUCUCAGCCUCAUGACUCUGAGGUUGAGGAUAAUCAAGAUCAGCUAGAGGAGGCACCACCACUGAGGAGGAGUUCAUCACGCAGCCAGAGCCGGGUCCGCUAUAUUGCCAACCGUGCCAGGCAAGCCCAGGAAAGGCAGCGGCUGCAAAGCCUUCUCAGGGGAUCCAAUAGCCCUAUGGAAGAGCGUGGAAACCCAGAGGGAGCCUGCAGCAUCACACAAAGCCCCUGUACCAGCCUCGACCUCCUGAGCCAGCUUCCACCAGGACCUCCCCAACAGAGCGCUCAAAGACCAGAUAAUGAGGUCUUUUUUAUGCUUCGCCUCUGAUGGAAAGAGGCAAAACAGUAAAGGUCUGUGGGCAAGAAACAAAGGCUAUGUUUUUGUAAGUUCAGCUAUUGAAUCAGACACUCCUGUAAAUCUGAUAUGAAGUCUGUUUCAUGCAUUAAUGUUGUUAUUUGUGAAUGAUUUGUUACCAACAAGUUGGGUUAAGCUGCUAUCAAGAAGGUUGUACAACAGGUCCAACAAAGAGCAUGAGAUGUGUUUGAUUCCAAAGGUUCUAAACCUAAAGAGAGGGAUACUGCAGUUUUCUAAUAUGUUUAAUUGAAUAAAACAUUUCCAAAGUUUGAGGUAUAAAGCCACACGGAAUUACUUGUCAGUGUAUUGUCCUUAAUGCACAGGUAACUUUUAAACUGGAAUGUCAUUCAGAUUUCAAACAUUCUCUAACUGAUAUCGAUCUUAAAUUUUUCACUUCAAUGGCCUACUGUAGCAAUAGAGGAUUAUAUGUUCAAAUGUAUGAAAUGUUACUUUUCUCACUUUAAUCGAAUGACAUGUUUACUUAUUGAAAUACCAAUGCAUCUUGUUGGUGUUUAUAGUGGUGAAUUUUUUUUUUUACAACAAAUGCAUGGAAUGUACUUGCAACAGUAAUUUAUUAUUUCUCUGAAUUUAUUGUUACUUUUUUUCUCCUUUGUGCUCUUCUUUCAAAUUAUUUGCAUUAGUUGCAUUAUGCGAAAUAAAAAAAACUGCCUUCCUAUUUUGAGGGUUUUUUGUUUGUUUGUUUUCCAUUUAGUUUAUGUGGCACAGGCAGGUUUUGCCAUUAGGAUUAAACUUUUGAGUUUUUUAGUUUAUGAACUUUUUAGAGUAUUUUCAGCAGACAUAUACAGCAAAUGGCUCCUUUUUUGCAUGUCAGUGAUAUACUGUAAUUUUUUUUAUUGCUUCUUAUUUGAAGUUUUAUGUUUUUCUGCACUCAGCAUGUGCAAUGGUCCACAGUAUGUAUGUCAGUGUUUAAGAAUUAGGAAUUAUGUUGAAUAUAAGUUCACUGAUACGGUUGUUCAAUGGCACAUAAAUGGAUAAUGAAAGAGCACAUCUCUCACUUUGUACUGUAUUGUAUUGCACUGUUAUGUCAACUGCAAGAGCCUCGAAAAAUUUUUUAGUAAAAACAUAUGUGCAUACA